UUCUGUCUGCCUCUCAUCUCUUGUUUUCAACUUGCAUGUGUGGCUUGAAUGUGUGCAAGAAUUUGUGUGUGAUGUGUUCUGGAGUUUGGGAAUGUGUUUUGUGUUAUUUUUGUUUGAGCAGGUAUUUGUGAUGAUAGAUCUUGAGAAGAUCUUUCCGACGCAACGAGAAUCCCUUCAAUCGGAGCAAGAACGCGAAAGCUAUGAAGAUUCAAAGUUCUUGAGCUUGCGUUACAAUUGCGGCGGUUACAAAGUGAAGUUGUGGGGUGACUCACAAUGGAGUUGGGACCUUUGGGGUUGGGGAAAUUUGUCACUCUACUGUAACAGCUGCAAAUUGGUUGGGAACAACCAAGCUAGGUUGGCAAGGGUGGCCAACUUGGAUGGAUUGGUUGGGAAGGGACAAAUGUCAAAGUUGGGGUUCCUAUAGGGAGGGAAUCUUUGUGCUUAUGGGGUUCCCUUGGUUGGGGACUCUCUUGGGACCUUCCCUCUCGUCCCUCUCUUUCUAUCCCAACCUUUCUCUUGCUCCUCUAAUUCCUUGUGAGAUUCUUGAACUUUGAUUGAACUCUUGAGAUUGAGUUAAGUUCUCCUCCUACAGCUUACCCCCUAGUGCGUCGAAAGCCAUAGCGUCGCGAAUACUUCAUCAAUCAACAUGAUUCAAAUUGGGAACGGUAGCUGAGAUUAAGAAAUACAACAUAUCCAAGUUUCGCGACAUUCCAACGGCUAUUUUUUCGUCGACGUCGUUUCUUGUGAAGACGACUUUUCUGUCCAGAAUUUCGGAUUUAUAUUUUGAGUAAUUCUAGCUCCUAAGUUCACCUAGACUCCGUCCUUAAUCCUAACAAGUGGUAUCAGAGCAAUAUUAAGGAUAUUGAGAGGAGUCUACAGAAGUGUGAAGACCCUUCUAGACCCACCAUGGCCUGUGGGCGUGCCUAAGUGGUGUUCUAAAGGUUGGAUGUGACUUCCGCUAAGGGGAAACUCUGCCGAAAUUUCGUGGACGCCGACACUUGUGAAAAUAUCGAGGGAGCUGAGUCUGGACAGCAAAGGGGGAGCUGAAAUUCGUCAUUUCUCAAGGAGAAGAUGAAUGAGAGAGGAGGAGAUGCUAAUGGAAGAGGAGCUGUACCUGAGAAGACAAGUGAGCCGCCGCCAUCAAAAGUUGAAGCUUUGGAUGGCUCCAACUAUGAGGAAUGGAGCGGACGGAUGAGGAGUGCCUUCAAACGCUACAAGCUACUGAAGAUUGCUGUUGGGGAGGAGAAGAUGCCGGAGGAAGGCGAAGAACGCGAACGGUGGAUUGAGAAAAGCACGGUGCUUUUCGACCUCAUCCUUCAAUCGGUCAACAAGGAGAUGUUCGAGCACAUCAAGGAUUUUGUGGAAGCGGAUGAUUCGGGUCCAAGGGCGUGGAAACUACUACGCGAUGUGAUUCAGCCCAACAGUCUCCCAAUGGUGAUCGUGCUCGAGAAGGAACUUGCUGCCAUUUCCAUGCGACCAGGGGACGAUGUGAAGCCGGUCCUUGACAAGAUCAAGGACACCUAUGCAAGGAUGGCAGCAGCGGGCAGCAGUGUAUCUCAGCUGCAGCAGUGCACCAAGAUCAUCUCGGUUAAGGGAGCUAAUGGGAAGCUUGUGGGGCUUGGGAAUGUUCUGCUGGUUGAAGGCUUGUCUGCUAACCUUCUCUCUGUGCGACGACUGCAGAAGAGCAAGGCCGAAGUGACCUUUGGACCAACCAGCUGCCGUGCUAAGCUUGGGAAGAAGGUGCUGUGGAGUCUGGAAGAGGAGACCAGCUGCAUCAAGGACCUAUGGCAGCUGCCCAUCAUCCCAUGGAAUGGGAAGACUCCAACAGCAGCAACGGCAGCAGCGGCAAAGGCAACAGCAGGAGGAGAUGCAACUGCACCAACUGAUGGGGUCCUCGAAGCAGUCAAGAAAGUGCAGCAGCAGCAGACACAUGGUGAGGUGCUUGCUGGUGUGGAUGCGAGUGCGGCAUGGGCUAAGGCUUCAUCAAAGAGUGGAGAGGCUGAUUGGGAGACAUGGCAUGAGAGGCUGUGUCAUGUGAACUUCCCUAUGCUGCAGAAGUUGGUGAAGGAUGGGAGCCUGAAAGGCUUGGAGAGCAAGAGGGAGGUGGCAGCGGCUGUCCUUAAGGAGUGGAUGCCUAGAGCUCAGAGGGAAUGCGGACACAAGGUGAAGGUGGUGCUGUGAGCUGGCGCAGCAAGAAGCAGAAUGAGGUGGGAUUGUCCUCAUGUGAGACUGAGUACAUGGCCUUACACCAUGGGGCCAAGGAAGUGGUGUGGCUAAGGC